AUGGACGCGUUAGUCGCUUUGCCAGAAAAUGUAAUCAAUGAAACAUUAAAUGCAGAUAACUCUAACGUAAAUAUUGAAUCGGAGUUAGAUGCUUCAUCACUUCAACGCUUGGAAAAGAGUCCAAAUAACAGAAACCUGAGGUCAGAAUUCAACAAGACAAUCGUUAAUAAUGAUAGGUUUUUUCAAACUAGCACUAAUGGGUGUCAAACAGGAGGUCGACGACUAAGCCCUACGCAUACUAUAGAUAAUGAAGAUGAUGACGAAGAUCUUGACAACGAUGAAUCAGAAUCAUUAGUAGCUCACUUAGCUGCAUUUGCCAACCAGCCUGAAUCCCAACAAACAACUAUCUGUGUAGAAGGAAUGGGAUCUGGUGCUUCAACCCAUGACUUAAUAAUGUGGUGCUUGUACAAUGGAAUAUUUAUUCGUGGCUAUGCAGAUGAACCAACCUUUAUCAUCGAAUUCGUUUACCAGGGUGAGGCAUACACCCUUUCGGCGUCAUAUGAUUCACAAUCUGGUACUAUCAAUUUCUAUCAUGUGGAGACUAACCAGAAGUUAUAA